ACAAAUGCACCCUAAUUGGCCAGUCCGGGGCCUUUUCUAGGGAAUGAAGGAGGUUUCUGUUUCAAGAAAUAAGUGACUUCUCGGCUGUUGAUUCACUCACUGCCCGCAGGGAGAUUUUUCAGCCGAGGCUUCCGAGCUCUCUAGAAAUUUGCAUACAACUUCCCCUUCCUGCCGCGGAGCCUGCUCGGCCGCGUACCUGGCCGGGAGGGAGCGGGAGGCGGGAGCCGCCCAGGUGGAGCCCGGGAAGGAGGGAGCGGACCACCCCGGCCCUCUGUCGUCCGUCUGUCCCCGGGGGCGCCAAGAAACUAGAAUGAACCGAAGCGUCCCCGUGGAGGUCGAUGAAUCCGAACCAUACCCCAGCCAGUCACUGAAGCCGAUCCCCGGCGAUUCCCUGGAGGAGGAGUCGGAGCCACCUGCUCCAGACCGAGGGGACAUGGCCCCCCACGGCUCGUCUGCGCCCCCGGGCCCUCACUGCUCCGCAGGAGACUUUUCUCAGGACCACCCACCCCUGAAACUUUCAAAUCACCUCCGGCCUGUGUCCCAGCAGGUCACCUGCCUGCGCACUAAAAUCCUGGAGGAGACGGAAGACAGCUUCUGGAGGAGACACCCGGCCCCGGGCAAAGACCGGCCCUUUGGGGUCGGAGCCUCCCCUCCCGGGCAGCAAUUUUCAUUUAUGGAAAAAUGGAAUCAGUGGCCAGGAUCUCAGCUUUCAGCGGCCUCCCCUGACACUGGCCAUGACUCCGACCACUCAGACCACAGUUGCCCCAGCGCCUCGGCCGGCGCCUGGCACAGCAGCCACGACACGGUGCAGCGGCCCCGGCCCCGCAGGAGCCCAGCGGCCCCAGACCCGCCCACAGUAGACACAGGCUAUGACUCCCAGCCCCAGGACGUGCUGGGCAUCCGGCAGCUGGAGAGGCCCCUGCCCCUCACCUCCGUGUGUUACCCCCAGGACCUCCCCGGGCCGCUCAGGUCCCGGGAGUUCCCUCAGUUCGAACCUCAGAGGUACCCGGCGUGUGCGCAGCUGCUGCCUCCCAACCCUCCCCCGCAUGCUCCGUGGAACUGUCACCACCACUGUCCCAGAGGUCCCUAUCACCAGGUGCCAUGUGGCCCCGACCACCCUGGAGCGGCCUACCAGCAAGUGGUCCAGCCGGCUGUGCGUGGGCAGCCCCUCCCCGGAGCCAGCGUCAGGGGCCCGCACCCUGUGCAGAAGGUCCUCCUCAACUGCCCCAGCCCCUGGGACCAGGACCAGAGGCCCACGCAGAGAGACCACUCCUCCCCGGGCCUCCCGAGGGACCAACUGUAUAACCAGCCACCAAAUCGAGCCGGAGUUCCUGAGGAGUCCUUGGAGUGUCCUGCAGAGUUGAGACCACAAGGUCCCCAGGCUCCACCCCCAGCUGCUGUCCCUAGACCCCCUAGUAACCUUCCAGCCAGAGGAACUCUGAAAACCAGCAACUUGCCAGAAGAAUUACGGAAAGUCUUUAUCACUUAUUCUAUGGACACAGCCAUGGAGGUGGUGAAGUUUGUGAACUUUUUGCUGGUCAAUGGCUUCCAAACUGCAAUUGACAUAUUUGAGGAUAGAAUCCGAGGCAUUGAUAUCAUUAAGUGGAUGGAACGCUACCUUAGAGAUAAGACAGUGAUGAUAAUUGUAGCAAUCAGCCCCAAAUACAAACAGGAUGUGGAAGGUGCCGAGUCGCAGCUGGACGAGGACGAGCACGGCCUACAUACUAAGUACAUCCAUCGGCUGAUGCAGAUUGAGUUCAUAAAACAAGGAAGCAUGAAUUUCAGAUUCAUCCCUGUGCUCUUCCCGAAUGCGAAGAAGGAGCACGUGCCCACCUGGCUGCAGAACACUCACGUCUACAGCUGGCCCAAGAACAAGAAGAACAUCCUGCUGCGGCUGCUCCGAGAGGAGGAGUACAUAGCCCCUCCCCGGGGGCCCCUGCCCACCCUCCAGGUGGUGCCCCUGUGACGCCCUCGGCCCUCACCCCAGGCCCGGGGCCAUGCCGCUCCCACAGGCCUCCUCCCACCCCAGGGGACUGUCCUCCUCUGCGAUUUCUGACCCCCCUACCCGCCCCCGCCCAGUCCAUUGCUCCUGACCGUCUGCGGCGUCCGCUCUGGGCCUCGCCCUGCUUGGCCCGUAGGCGACAUGACUGACGCCGCAGUAGAUGGAAGGAGCACAAACACCCCCUGUUGCUUAGAGCUACUUCUGUGACUCAGCCAGAUGCCCGGGCGCCCUCAGACCAAGCCUGAUUCCUGUGCCAAUAAUAAAAUACUGAGUCUU